GAACUAUUAUAUGGUGAAAGCUAUGAUGUCUGACUUAGAACAUAGAUGAAGCUAGGAUAAGGGUUGAAGAUAGAAGUACUAACGUUGAAAUCGUAAGCUAGAACUAGAUUGAAAAAUUUCGAUUUCACUCAUCCGUGAACCGGCUGUAAGUGUACUACAACUAAGUGGCAAAGACAAUAGAGAUAUUCUUUUUUCUUACAAAGAGAUCGCUAUCGGUAUUUUACGAUACAUUUAACAAGUAGGUAGUAGUAGUUGAAGUAGUUAUAACAACUUGAAUGCAGUAGUUGAAGGCGUUCCCUCCUGUCGCUCCCGAGCGUAGAGGUGCGGCAGUCGCAGCUGCGGGGAGGUCGGUGCCCUGUGGAGGCAACCUGAUUGACUGACUUCUGACCAGUAGUAAAUAUUUAAGUACAUUUAUUUUUGUGGAGCCACUUCUUCUGAUCGAUCCGUUCGUAAGAACCACAACGGCAAAAGAUGAUGAAAGAACCCAAGAUCACAGCGCACUUCCACUUGCGCGUCGCUCACCAGCGUCGUAGCUUGUUGAACACAACUACUAAAAGAGGAGCAACCACGCUGUUGGCCGCAGUGUCGAUGACAACGAUGAUGGCGAGCAGUACCA